AGAGAUUCUUCUUUUCCUCCUCAGUUAUUGGAAUGUGGUGGGAACAUCUUUGAUGCAAUCUCUAUCGCAGUGAAGGCAGCUCUCUUUAACACAAGAAUACCCAAAGUACGUGUUCUGGAGGAUGAAGAAGGCACCAAAGAGAUUGAGCUGUCUGAUGACCCUUAUGAUUGUAUUCGACUUAAUGUAGAGGAAGUGCCCUGUAUUGUCACGCUAAGCAAAAUUGGAUAUAGGCAUGUGGUGGAUGCUACCCUUCAGGAAGAAGCCUGUUCUUUGGCAAGCCUGCUUAUUUCUGUGACCAGUAAAGGUGCCCUCACUUCUAUGAAGAAAGUGGGGAAAGGUAGCCUGGAUCCUGAGAGUAUUUUUGAAAUGAUGGAGACAGGACAAAGAGUAGGCAAGUCACUGCACACAGCCCUUCAGAAGAUUUUGGAUGAAGAAGAGAGUUUGGGGACGUCACGGCCAAAAGUUGGAUUUCUAGGAUGAGAUUUUAUUAAAUGUUGAAAACUGUUUUUAAUUAAUUGUGCAAUCUUGUGUGUUUGUGUAUAAAGAAAAGGUUAUUUUUUUUUCCAGUACAGUUCUCAUUCUGGCUGAGAGGCUUUUAAAAUUUUCCUAAGCAUAAAGAAAGCUACAGUUAAGCGCAGAUGAGAAAAUCAGAGAUGCUUUCCAUACGGGUCACUGUUCGCACCUGGGAAGUGCACCAGCAGCAAUUGGUGCCAUUGCCUGGGAAAUGCUUGAAUCUAUUUUCAAGAGUGACUGGUGUAGGUUCCACUUAAUUCUGUUAGCACACCUUCCUCUUCUGUAGACCAGGUGCUGUGUUCUGGAGUGUACUUGAGGCUGUGCAGCACUAAUGAGAGUAGCACAAGGUGGAAGUCUUCCUUCUAAUUACCUAACUAUUCUUCGACUAAAAUGUGGUUAGAUUUUACUAUAAA